CUCCAACGGAUAUCCCCCGCUGCUCUGUCUCUCUCUCACACACAUUCAUCGUGUCGUCCACUCGAUUCAGUGUCAUCGUCAAUUGAUUCAUAAACACACACACACAUCCACAGUAAUGUCUGGUGUUCUUCCUCAUUCAAUCAGAGUCCAUCUAAGCUAUUCAUCACCUCUCAACUUCAAGAAACAGCCGCCUUCACCUCCUGCUAUCUCUUUACCUCAAUCGUCGUCUUCUCGGUUGAAGCAUGGAGAUGGGUCCAGGCUCAUGCUCCGAAGAAACGGGCUACUUCUUGCGCGGGCCGAAGAUAGGGCCCGAGAUAGUUCUUCUAAUUUGUCGAAUCGACCACAGCCCAGCUCAGAGGAUAUGAGUCCACCUGGAACAUGUGAUCCUUUGUGUUCUGUUGAUGAGACGAGCUCCGAAGAAUUCGAAGCCAAUUAUCAACCAAAGACUGAUUUCGUGAAAGCUCUUGCGAUUCUUGCAGCUGCUGGAACUGGAACAUUAGCAAUUAAUCAUUCUUGGGUGGCCGCGAACCAGGAUCUUGCAAUGGCGUUGUUGUUCGGAAUUGGAUAUGCUGGAAUAAUAUUUGAAGAAUCACUUGCCUUCAACAAAAGCGGGGUGGGACUUUUGAUGGCUGUUAGUUUGUGGGUUAUAAGGACCAUUGGGGCCCCUUCAACUGAGGUUGCUGUUUCCGAGUUGUCUCGUGCAUCAGCCGAAGUCAGUGAAAUAGUGUUUUUCUUGCUUGGAGCAAUGACCAUUGUGGAAAUAGUUGAUGCUCAUCAAGGAUUCAAGCUCGUGACGGACAAUAUCACAACCCGCAAGCCAAGAACUCUUCUUUGGGUGAUAGGUUUCGUGACUUUCUUCCUGAGUUCAGUACUCGACAACUUGACAUCUACUAUUGUCAUGGUGUCUUUGUUGAGAAAGUUGGUACCACCUUCAGAAUACCGAAAGAUUCUGGGUGCUGUGGUUGUUAUAGCAGCAAAUGCGGGUGGAGCAUGGACGCCUAUUGGAGACGUUACAACAACUAUGCUAUGGAUACACGGUCAAAUAUCCACCUUGCAGACAAUGAAGGACUUGGCAAUACCAUCAGCUGUCUCACUGGCUGUUCCUCUAGCCCUUAUGUCCCUCACCAGUGAAGUUAAUGGGAAAGGUCAGAGUUCGGCAGAUGUUUUGGCAUCCGAACAGAUGGCUCCUCGAGGCAAGCUCGUGUUUUCGGUAGGAAUUGGUGCUUUGAUGUUUGUACCUGUUUUCAAAGCUUUGACUGGCUUACCACCUUAUAUGGGCAUGCUGCUUGGGCUCGGGGUCCUUUGGCUCCUAACUGAUGCCAUUCACUAUGGUGAAUCUGAGAGACAAAAGUUAAAAGUACCACAGGCUUUGUCAAGAAUCGACACUCAAGGAGCCCUUUUCUUUCUUGGUAUCCUUUUAUCUGUCAGCAGCCUGGAGGCCGCAGGUAUUUUGCGGGAAAUAGCAAAUUACCUCGACACCCACAUUCCGAAUAUUGAGCUGAUCGCAAGUUCGAUUGGAGUUGUGUCGGCUAUAAUAGACAACGUCCCAUUAGUAGCAGCAACAAUGGGAAUGUAUGAUCUUUCUUCUUUCCCAAGAGAUUCCGAGUUCUGGCAGCUCGUGGCCUAUUGUGCUGGCACAGGUGGAUCAAUGCUCGUCAUUGGAUCAGCUGCUGGUGUAGCAUUUAUGGGGAUGGAGAAAGUGGAUUUCUUUUGGUAUCUACGCAAGGUGAGUGGCUUUGCUUUUGCUGGAUAUGCUGCAGGUAUUGCGGCAUAUUUGGCUUUACAUAAUGCCUUCAACUUCACCAUGCCGACAACGCUUGCUAAUGUCCCUUUCCUCUCGGGUUCAUAGAUAAUAUAAAUUAAAUCAGUAAAAUAAAAAUGCCAAUAUGUCACUCGAAGCACAGUAGGGUUUCUGGGUAUUGAUAAUUCCAGUAGAUCUCAUCUUAAAGGUUUAUAGCAAAAGGGCAACGAAAUAUAUUCUGUUCCUUCUCACGUAUUUCUGUCGUAUAAUGAAAAAUCAUUGAUCUGGGUACGACCCCUCCGAGUUUUUGGGAUGAUAAUAUUUACGUCGUAAAUGUUUUUUAUUUUUGUUCCUUACAUUGCCAAUGCUUGCAUGAGCAGAGAACUAACUACACAAUUUGCUCUAAUUGCUCCAAGAUAUAAAAAUUAAAA